AAAGCUCAUUGGUCCAGUCAAGAUACCAUUGAGAAUUUUAAGUUGCAGUGGUGAAAUUCGUCUAUGUGCCUAGACUCACGUCCGACUCCCAUAGAGAACAGGAAGGAGGCAAAAUCCUGAGCCGCUGACCUCCCCAUCCCUGCCUUACCUCUGCUGUCUUCAGCCUUGCCAUGCCACUGGCCCGCAGCCUCUCGGUGACCUCCCUGACGGGCUUAGAGGACUGGGACGAUGAACUUGACUUGGAGAAUGCUGUCCUCUUUGAGGUGGCUUGGGAGGUGGCCAAUAAAGUUGGCGGGAUCUACACGGUUAUCCAGACCAAGGCCAAGAUUACACUGGACGAGUGGGGUGAGAAUUACUUCCUGAUCGGGCCUUACCUGGAGUUGAAUGUCCGCACACAAGUGGAGCUCAUAGAGCCGCCCAACCCUGCCAUCCGGCGUACGAUUGACUCCAUGAAUGCAAAAGGAUGCAAAGUUUAUUUUGGUCGCUGGCUGAUUGAAGGGGGGCCCUAUGUGAUUCUCAUUGAUAUCGGAGCCACUGCCUGGAGCUUGGAUCGCUGGAAGACCGAACUCUGGGAAAGCUGCUCUAUUGGGAUUCCUUGGUACGACCGAGAGGCGAAUGAUGCCGUUCUCUUUGGCUUCCUUACUGCCUGGUUUCUUGGGGAGUUUUCCGCACAGUGUGAGGAGAUGCCGUUUAUCAUCGGUCAUUUCCACGAGUGGUUGUCUGGGGUUGGUCUUUUCCUCUGCCGGAUCCGGAAGCUUCCGGUGGCUACCAUCUUCACCACCCAUGCUACUUUGCUUGGGCGCUAUUUGUGUGCUGGAAGCGUCGACUUCUACAACAAUCUCCAGACGUUUAAUGUGGACAAGGAGGCUGGGGAUCGGCAGAUCUACCACCGUUACUGUAUGGAGCGGGCUGCUGUCCAUUGCACGCAUGUUUUUACCACAGUCUCCCAGAUCACAGCUGUGGAAGCUGAACACUUGUUGAAAAGGAAGCCUGAUAUUGUGACUCCUAAUGGUCUAAACGUCAAGAAAUUUUCGGCCAUGCAUGAAUUCCAAAACCUCCAUGCCCAGAGCAAGGCACGUAUCCAGGAGUUUGUCCGGGGCCACUUCUACGGGCACCUGGACUUCAAUCUGGACAAGACCAUCUUCUUCUUCAUUGCUGGGCGCUAUGAAUAUUCCAACAAAGGAGCCGACAUUUUCUUAGAAGCCCUUGCCCGCCUCAACUACCUGCUGAGAGUAAAUGGUAGCCAGACAACAGUGGUGGCCUUCUUCAUCAUGCCGGCCCGGACCAACAACUUCAACGUUGAGACUCUGAAAGGCCAAGCCGUCCGCAAGCAGCUCUGGGAUACAGCUAAUGCAGUGAAAGAAAAGUUUGGCAAAAAACUUUACGAGUCACUCCUUGUAGGGAAUCUUCCUGAUAUGAACAAAAUGCUGGAUAAGGAGGAUUUCACAAUGAUGAAGAGAGCCAUCUUUGCCACCCAGCGCCAGUCUUUCCCCCCAAUCUGCACCCAUAACAUGCUGGAUGAUUCCACCGACCCCAUUCUUAACAGCAUCCGUCGCAUUGGCCUUUUUAACAGCAGUGCCGAUCGCGUCAAGGUUAUCUUCCAUCCAGAAUUCCUGUCUUCCACUAGUCCUCUCCUUCCAGUUGAUUAUGAGGAAUUUGUUAGAGGCUGCCAUUUAGGGGUGUUCCCUUCUUACUAUGAGCCAUGGGGCUACACACCAGCCGAAUGCACUGUGAUGGGCAUCCCGAGUGUUUCCACCAACCUCUCUGGCUUUGGCUGCUUUAUGGAGGAACACAUAGCAGAUCCAUCUGCCUAUGGAAUCUACAUCCUCGACCGACGUUUUCGGGGCUUGGAUGAGUCGUGUACACAGCUGACCUCUUUUCUGUACAGCUUCUGUCAGCAAACACGGCGGCAGCGCAUCAUCCAGCGGAACCGCACUGAGCGGCUUUCUGAUCUCUUAGACUGGAAAUAUCUAGGCCGGUAUUACAUGUACGCAAGACAUAUGGCACUUGCUAAGGCAUUCCCUGACAACUUCACCUAUGAGCCACAUGAGCCAACAGCGGCUCAGGGCUUCCGCUACCCACGCCCAGCCUCUGUGCCGCCAUCUCCCUCCAUCUCCCGUCACUCCAGUCCCCACCACAGCGAGACCGAAGAGGAUGAUGAACGGUACGAUGAGGAAGAGGAAGCAGAAAAGGACCGGCAGAACAUCAAGCCCCCGGGGAUGAUGGGCCCCGUCCCCGAGUGGCGCAAGCGCUCCAAGAAGGGCUCCAGCGAAGCCAGCACGUCCUCCAAUGCCAGCACCCCCACCAUUCCCAGCAGCCCCAGCGACCUCAGCAGCCCCACCAACUCUCUGAUCGAAGAGAGGAAUUAGCUUGUGCCUAUGUACUCUCCCACUCUUUCCCACACCUCCCUCUUGCCCUUGGUAGGUCAGCUGGGUUCUCUGGUGCUGGAUCCCUGAAAGGAUCCAUGAAUGUAGGUUCUAGCAUGUUUCAGAUCUGAGGAAAGGCUUGGGAUUGAUUUGUUUCUAAUGCCAAGCUGAAAACUUAUCUGUUGUAGCUCAGGUUGUGCAAAUGAGGGAAAGGGAGACGCUCCUCCAUGCUUUGGAGUGGGUCUCAAGGAUGUGGUUUUAACUCAUUUUAGAUCAUGAACACACAUCCCUAAGCUUUACAUGGCCUGCUUCUCCUCUUCUUGUUUCUUUGCAACACCAAAACAUACUCUAGAGUCUCAUGUGCUGCCGUCCUGUUGAGAGGAGGAGAUAUUAAGGGAUGUGUAGAACCCUGAUGCAUUUAAAAGAUGUGGGCGAAAGAUAAAUCUGAAGGCUGUCCUGGGAGCCACAAAGAUAUUAAAUCAAAUAUCUCAUUCAGUACUUGUGACUGAACCUUUGGCUGGGUGAGUUUGUGGUCUAUAGGUUGUAGCAACACUGUCCCAGUUCACCAGGUAUCACUCUCUUGGAAAUGCCAUAACCUUUUAGAACCAAUGUUGAUGAACAGGGUUUGGGGAAGAUGAAAAGGGAAUUCUUGAUCAUUUUUAAAUAGAUCCCGCACUGUUAAUCUAAUGGCAUGCGAAUAGCAAUGUUGUAGAAAGUUUUGGAAUUCUAGGAGAGUCUGGCACCUGAAUGAAAUUGACAGCAUUUUUUUAAAAGUCCUGUCGUUUGCAAAGAGAAAAAUAGGCUUUUCCCUAUGGUGCAUCUUCAGUGCGUUCAAGCAUGCUUGCCUUGCUUGUAGAUUGAUUUUUUUAGUAAAUGAAUUUUCGAAACAAAGCCCUAGUUAAGAAUUUUGGCAAGUGUUUUGGCCAUGUGACCUUUUGUAACAUGCAGCCAUCUUUAAUAGAAGUCCACAUCCCUGUGGGGUAGGACACAUUUAACAUACGAAAGGAGUGUAUGAUUUGGACAGGAAUAUUGCCUCUGAAGUUGGUUAACGUUGCCUCUGUGGGGAACAAGGAAAGAACAUUUCUGGAUAGAAAGGAAACUAGAAUUAUCUUGCAGUACACAUCACUCUUUGAAGGGCAACAGCAAAACGAAUCAAAAAAAUUCUUGUCGAUCUGUGUAGGCUUAAAUGAUGACUUUUUUGAGAGCCAUUUUCAGGCCCUGGCGGACAAUCAAGAGCGUUUUGGAACAAUUCUUAGUGCAAUAUUAUUCAUUCUGUGCAAUUUGUUUUUAAGUGCCAUGUUGAAUUUGACAAAGAGAGGAGCACAAGGCUUAUUUGAAGCCAGUGCAACCAGUUAAAUGAAUGUCAAAUUUGUUUUGCUGUAGGAAUGUGCUGUAUGAACACAAAUGGAACAUAUAAAGUACCCGGGCUGAACUGUGAGUUCUCAUUUCUGAAUUUUAGUGAAUGUGCAUGGUAAAAAAGAAAAAAAAAUGUAAUGGUACUACUUCUAAUAUGUGAACAAUAAAGGCCAGGUGCUAGUGUUGUGGGCUGCAAAACAUAGUCGAGACUGUGCCCCUCCAGACCCACCCAGCAGCCAUGCCACUACAUUAACAGUUGUGUGCCAGGAAGAAAAACCCAGCAAGGUAAAACUUUACCAUUAACUCAGCCAAUUUAUUCAACAGAGAACAUGCACAUGGAUUUCAAACUGAAUCAUGCUUCUUAAAAACAAUGUGCAUGCUUCCUGUGUGUCUUGUUUUAAAGGGAAAGUGUUGUGCUUUUUUUUAACUGCCUCCAUGCUGUUUAAAAUCAGUGAGACAAAGGAAAAUGUGUUGAUAUGGCCAAGCUGCUCCUUUUAGAAUGGACAGUUGGAUGACUUAAAAUACUCGUACCAGUCAGUGCAGAUGUGAUCAACACGUAGCAUAACUAGUUACCAACUCACAUGAAGGUGUGGUCUGAUGGACAGCACAACCAACAUUGAUUCUAUUGGGUUGUUGUGAGUUUUCCAGGCUGUAUAGCCAUAUUCCAAAAGCAUUCUCUCCUAACGUUUUGCCUGCAUCUAUGGCAGGCAUCCUCAGAGGUUGUGAGGUCGGCCCUAGCUGCAGGUGAAACAUCAGGAGAGAGUGCUUCUGGGACAUGGCCAUACAGCCUGGAAAACUCACAACAACCCAGUGAUUCUAGCCAUGAAAGCGUUCAACAAUACAUUGAUUCUAUUUUGCAGAAAGCCAGAGUAUGUUAACUAAAGGGUGUAAGAAGUAACAGUAAUGGGUGUCUUGACAAUUUGGUCCAGCACAAGGGAGAAUAUGAUUCUGAGGGCACACACAGAGCCCAUUCAUUUUAUAUAUCUGCUGCCAAGCUUAUUAUCAACAAUAAAAGAAAAUCACUUUUUUAAAACAGAUAAAACUUUGCCUGUGGCCUCAAUGGUUAUGUGUUCUGACAGUGCCUCCCCUGUUCAGGUAAUGAACCACAUCCCUCCGUCUCUACUACACCACCCCAGGCCACUUUUUCAGUCGUUUAUUACAGAACAUUCUUGGUUUAAAGCCUUGUGGGUCAAUGCCCCCCUUCUCUUCCUUUUCUCCCUUCAAACUUUAUGCCUUUUUAUUUAUGGCUGUUGUAAAUCGCUUGAAGUUUUUGUUUGUCCUCUCUCCCCUAUCUCUUUCUACCUUGUGUGGAAAAACAAACUGAAGAACAGAAGCUCUGUGUGUGACAAAUUUCAUAAUUAUGAAUAAAGUUUGCUUUGAAAAUGG